ACGUGCGCGUGUGAUGAUCAUUUUGGCGUGCGAAAAAAUAAUAAUAAUACAUAAAUAUCAACUAAUGACAACAAUAAGAAAUAGUAUAAUUGAUGAAACUCAAUGAGACAAAACAAAUAGUAUCAGAGCGGUCAAAGGUUGAAGCGCGUUGCCGGAAAAAUUUGCGAAUGACAUUGUAGCAGCUAAUGAGGAAGUGAGUGAAGAGGAUAAUCUAGAGGAUAUGUUUUGUUAUAAAAGAAACUGGUUUAUUGCUGAAACCAAAAUUCAUACAAAACGAAAACGCGCAAUUUGCUUAUCAACCGUGGCGAUCUACCCAAGAGACUGCACAGCGGAAAAAAUCGCCUAAUCAUCGACUCUAAAAUAACAAUAAACCGAAAGGUGCGGCUGCUGUGAGAAGAAAUGUAGAAAGCCGGAAGAAAAAGUAAAAAACAAUUCAGUAUUAAAAAAAGUUUUUGCAAUAUAAAGACACUUAUCGCCAAAGAAAUUUGCACAAAGGGUAACUGUCAGCAACAGAUAAACACACACAGACAAAUAAGAAAAACUUAAGAAGUGAAUAAACAUAUCGAAGAGAUUUUGAAAACCCCUGUGCCAGAACUAGUGAAGUGAAAAGAAAUAUCCGCAAGAAAUCUGCGUUGUCAGAAAGCUCAUCGCUGUACCUCAAAAAGCUGCUCACAUUUGUGGUACAAAUUCUAGGCGCUGCAACGCGUACGCCCCCGAUCACUACGCAAUCCCUUCGCAACUAAACGUCGUGAAUUGCGACACUCACUUUCCAUCCACUACCGCACACCCUCGCUCACCCUCGCUCACCCUCGCUAACAUGCGCGCCUUCCAACGCGGCUUCUUCUGCGCCGAUCUCUCGCUGCGCUAUCCCUAUCGCGAGUGCACGAUCACCAUACCCAUGCUGCUGAUCUACACGCUACUCCUUCCCAUGCUCUUCAUCAGCGUCGUUGAAAUAAUGCGCAUCUGCAAGUGUUUUCGAUUGCGCAAGUACAUCACCAACCUGGCGCGCAGUUUGGCGACCUUCAGUUACGGUUUCAUCGCCACCUAUCUGACCACAGAAUUGGGCAAAAAUGUGGUGGGCCGCCUGCGUCCGCACUUCUACACCGCCUGCCAGCCGCGCUUGGCCGACGGCAGCUCCUGCGAGAGUGCCUACCAGCAGCUAGUGGGCGGCGGCGUCUACGUUGAACACUACUAUUGCUCCAAUCGCAAUUUGAGCGCGCGUCAGCUGCGCGAACUGCACGUGUCCUUCCCGAGCGCACACUCUUCGCUCGCCUUCUACUCCAUGUUGCUGCUAUGUUUCUAUUUGCACGCGGUGUGGCAUGGUCGUGGCACUACGCGCGUGCUACGUCACAUACUGCAGUUCCUGUUGCUGUUGGUCGGCUGUUAUAUCGCGCUGAGCCGCGUACGCGACUACUGGCAUCACUGGUCGGACGUGCUGGCAGGCGCAUUGUUGGGACUAGUGUACGCCGUCUUGACAGCGGUCUAUGUAGGGCGCAUGCUGCGUGCGAACUUUACGGAAGCGUGUACGACACAGAAGCAUAAGAAACAUCAAGCGCAGCAGCAGCAGUACAAGGUGACAAACCAUCAACAGCGCCCGCAUGCGCACCACCAACCACUCGCGUCAUCACAUCAACACCUGACGCCGCAUGAUGCGCGCAGUCGCAUGCUAUUAGUGGCGGCUAGUGGCAGUGUUACCAACUUACAGCAGCAACAAUUGCUGGCAACAGCGCACGAGGAGCACGAGAAGCACGAAAAACAACAGUUGCACGAACAAGUGAAGGAGCAUUUAAUGGAGCGCGGCAGCAUAGGCGGCGGCGGCGGUGGCGGUGGCGGCGACUGUGAAUGGAAACUGCAGGCGGUUGUUUUGCCAACGUAAUUGCAAACAAUGCGCAGCGCCGUGGUGGAGGGAGCGUGCAUUGUGGCACGCGGGAAUGAGGAAGGAGAAGCGAAACUGCGAAAUUGAUGGCGGAACAAAUCUGUAAACACAUCACAUGUCGGCAAGCAUUGUGAUAAGAGUGACGAAGAUAAACGCCCCCUUUUUGCACGCGGCUAAAUUUGCAAAAAAAAAAACGAUGAGGGAGCAGAAGCGUGGUUAAAGUGAGAGUGGAAUUCUGAGAGUUUUUAAACCUAAGGUGGUGUAAAAGAGCGGCUUUCUAUUGGAAAAUGCGCCAACGAUAAUUGAAAAAACAAAAAUUGAGAAUCAUGAGAGGGUCCGGACCCCUUCCUACAAAAAAGAGGCUUUUAAACAUGUAUACGUAGGCUGAGCAGCAAAAUAUUGAUAUUUUUCAAAAGUGACUCUGCGACCCCCUUGAACCCCCCUACACUACGCCCAUGUUCGCUGACGUAAAUGAAGUCUGCAUGCGAGUAACACUAAAGCACAUAUGAUAUUUGCAACAAAAGCUAAGCAGCCUUCAAUAACCGUACAUAAUUACGGGCCAAGCAGCCAACCAACCAUCCAGCCGAAAAAAGUGUUUUUUUAAGUAAAAAGGCCAAAAAAUUCACCAUUGACUAUCUAUUAUUGUGCAACAAAAAGUGGCCAAAUCUGAAAGCACCAAAAAGGCAUUGCAAUUUUCUCAGCUGCAGUGGCGUCCGCUGUGUUUCAAGCACACAUGUAUGUGCAUGUGUAUUUAAGUAGGUUCGGCUCGAUAUGGCAACAUUAGCCAGCGUGACAGCGCCAGAGCAAGUAGCCAGUAGCGACAGCGGCCGCCGCGUGCCUUUGCUCUGAAGUUGCAUGCCGCGUACGAAGGCAACAACAGCAGGCGCGAGUUGACGUGUGAGUGAGUCACCAGCAACCGAGCUUGGAAAUACGUACAUAUGUAUGUAUAUUUCUAUAAGGAGCAUAUAUCUACUAAAAAAUAUAUGUACAUAUAUGCAUAUGUAAAUACAUAUGUAAAUAUGUGUAUAAAUGGGAGUGUGCUGGCGCUGUUGGAGUUUGUUCCCCUUUGG